GAUCAAUCAGAUUUGGAUAUUAUCAGAUGAAGAGUGGAAUUUGGUCAAGGUAUAUAUAACUGAAUCAGAAGCAAUAAUCCAUAGCAAUUAUGAAAUAGCAGGAUGCCAAAUUGAAGUUGGUAACAUAGUCCAUAAAGGCAAACAAAUCAAAAGGGAAAAAUCAAUACGAAGAUACUCUUCAAAACAUACAACUAAAAAACAAUGGAAACAAUUCUCAACACAAAUCACAAAUAUAUUAAAAGCACAAGAAGAAAGAAUCAAUCUUAAGCAAGUUUUAGUGAACAAGUUAAGGAACCUUAUAUGGAAAGCAAUCAAUCAGGCCAUGAAAAACAACAUCAAAAGAAUCCAAACCAGACAAACCAGCAUCAAGGGAACAAACAAAACAGAUAAAAAAACUGCACAUAUAAUUACAGCACUUAAUAAAGUAAUAGUUAUUGCAAAGAAAUAUCUAUUAGAAAAAACAGAUGCCAAAAGUAUGACAAGACAAGUAAAUAAAUGGAUUAAAGUAAACAAUCAAAUAGCAAAACUGUUGUCGAUCAAACUUACAGAUAUACCUAAGGGCAUAAGCUUGGUUCAUUGGUUCCAAGAAAUAUAUAACCUGAGGACAAGCAUAGCAAAAGUUUUCAAACUACUCCUUCAGUAUAGAAAACAAGCCCAAAUUCAAAAAUAUAUAGAAAUACAGCAAUAUAAUCAUCAAUUCACAAAGAAAAAGAUAAUAGAUUCACUCCUUAACAGAAAACCAACACAUAUAAAGAUGAACAAGUAA